AUGUCUAGCCAACCGAAGAUGGCAUCGGAAGUCGGUGCCGCCGAACAAUACGAGAUGGAUCAGCUGGCCGAGGCGGAGAUAUCGCGCCUCCAGAAGCUCCUCCGCACGCUGCAGAACGAGCGGGCCACCUUCAUGGAGGCGAAAUCGAAAGCGUUGCGCAAGUUCGAGAAAAACAUUCGAGUACUGGAAAAGGAGAAGCAUCAGCUGCAGUUGCAGCUGAACUGCGAGGAAAACGGAACACACUCGAAACGUGAGCAGGAGCUGGAGACGGUACUGGAGCUGGCGUACGACCGGCAGGAGAAGGCACAGAAUGCGCUCAAGGCGAAGAAGGACAGCCUGUGGGAGCUGGAGGGGCACAUAAAGAAGAUCCACCGAGAGAUCGCCGAAAUCCGAAACAACGAGGUGACGGAUAAUCUCUACAACGAGACAAUUGCCAAGGCGCAGCAGUCGGUGAAGAAGCUCGAGAACCGGCUAGACGUGGUCAAUAAGCGAGCGGGAGCGGUGAUGGCGGAAAAUGCCCAGCUACGCCAAACCAUCGAUCAUAUGCUGACGGAACGGGCGACUUUCAACAUCAUGUGGGAGAAGCUAGUCAACAAGCUGAACGAAGGUAAACGCUACAUGAUCGAGUUGAUCGAGCAAGCAACCUCGGCGUACGAUACACGUGAGGAGCUGUGCACGAAGCUGCAGAUACUCAAGGACAAGGGCCAGAGCGAUAAACUGGCCCACAUCCAGGAGAUGCGUGAACUUCAACGAAAGCUGGAUCACGACGCGAAACUGCAGGAGUUCCUCGGCAUUAAGGGUCAACGGAGGGCCAACGCUGAGCUGGAGGAACGCGAAGCCCAGAAGCGCAAGAAGAUGCUCGAACAUCUCGAAAAGCAGUACCAAGAGUACGAGCAAAUUAUGACGCGCAUCAUGAACUUCUCGGGCGAGGACGACAUCGACCGGCUGGUGGCCAAGUUUAUCAAGAAGGAGGAGGAAAACUUUGCCCUCUUCAAUUACGUCAACGAGCUUAGCCACGAGGUGGAAACGCUUACCGAAAGUGUUCAAAUGCUUCAGGACAACAUAACGGAACAAAUUGCAAUCAACGAGUCGAAGGAACACUCCCAGGAUGACAACAUCGAUGCACUGCGGAUGGCCGAGUUGAAAUGCAAGGAAGGUGCCGAUGCUGCGCUGGAGAUCAAGCUGAAAUGGGACGUGAAGUUAGACGAACUGCUACGAAUGGCCGAACGGAUAUACAAACUUCUCAUGUGCGACGAAGCACCGAUUUUGAACCUUCUCAACAACGAGCGCCGUGUGACGCUGAACAAUGCCAAACUGUUCCUCGGCAUCAUCGAACGACGCGUCCUGAGCAUCAUCAGCAACGUGACUUACAUUGAACCGACCACUAAGAUAUUGGGCAAGAAAGAUCGCGUGCCUAACUUCAACGUGAAGGAGUCGGCCAAAGUUCGCAUCGAAAGAAACUAG